GGGGCCUCAUCGCUACAACGUACCACACCUCUGUUGCCCUGUUGGCUGGAAGUGCAGAGACCGAGGGAGAGACAGGUGAGUCGGUGGAGGGGUGAGGUGUCAGAGUCCAAUCAUAAGUCAUAAAAAGUGGCUGUGAUGUCAUCAGGUGAGCCUCCAGGUGUGCAGCAGGUUCCUCGGUGAUCUCGGCUUGUUUGGCUUGAAUGUGUCUUACCAACUUGUCUCACCUGGAUGUCGACUCACUGAGCUGCUCAACAGGAAAAACAUGGAGUCCAGGGAAGAGGAGCAAGAGGAAGAAACACUCAGGUCAUUUCUGUCAGAUGAAAAUACUGAAAUUAUCAAAACCACCAACAGUAUGACUUCUGAUACAAACAGUACUACUACAACUGUUCAAGCUGAUAGUAGUACUGCUAAUGCUGCCACGACUAGUGCUGCACCACCUGAUGAUCAAACAGAGGAUGAAGAAACAGGUGAUGGAGACAGUGUUGUCAUGGCAACAUCAGGUGCUGACUUACCAGACGAGAAGGUGGUGGUAGAGGAAGAAAGCAUGGAGGAAGUGUCUGCUGAAGAUGAGGAGGGUGAUGAAGGCAACAAGGGUGAGGAAGAUGAGGAGGAUGAGAAAGACAAGAAGGCUGGGGAAGACAAGAAGGCUGAAGAAGUCCAGGAGGAUCAGGAAGACCAGGAUUCACCCAUGGAGUCAGAGCAGAAAUCGUUGACACCAACCAGAGACAGACCAGCUCCUCCAAGCAGUUUGGCUUUGUCGGGACCACGAGCAAUGAAGAAGAAAGUCCUGGUGGCUCCAGCUCUCAGUCUGUCAUUAGGUGGCAGCGAGUCAACAACCUCCGAUGACUUCCCAACGGGCUUCCUAUCUCCAUCACCUGAUGAUGAAGAUGACACUGCACUCGACUUUGACCUGGAUGCCAUAGAGACGCCAUCAGACAGCGAAUCACUGCACUUCCCCCUCUACGACCUCGACCUGGAAGACGAUCUGAGGCGUCUUGGUGUGGCAUCUCGCCGUAAACCAUUGGGCUCCAUCCCCAAGUUCAGGUCGGAUUCUCAGGCUGGUUCUGUAUCAGGGAUCGACGAGAGCAGCCUGGGAGCUCUAGAAAGGGAAGACAUGGUGGAUAGCCAGGGCAUCAGGUGGCGCUGUUUCUCUACAGGCGAACCUCCACAGGAGUGUCGGGUCAACAUGAGCGUUCUUGAGCCGUUCCUUAGGGUGCUGUCACAUGGAGGUUACUAUGGAGACGGCAUGAAUGACAUCAUUGUGUUUUCCUCCUGUUACCUGCCGGAGAACAGUCUGGAGAAUUACCAGUACGUGAUGGACAACCUGUUCAGGUUUGUUGUCGGCACUCUGGAGCUGAUGGUGGCGGAGAACUAUGUGAUUGUGUAUCUUUGUGCUGGAGGUCAGAAGGACAAGCUUCCAGGAAUCAGCUGGCUCAAAGAGUGGUACACCACCAUCGACAGGAGGUUGAGAAAGAACCUGAAGGGUUUCUAUGUGGUUCAUCCCACCUGGUACAUCAAAGCUCUCAUCACUAUCAUCAAACCCUUCAUCAGCUCUAAGUUCAGCAGGAAGCUCCAGUUUGUCAACAGCCUCCAGGAACUUUCUGACUUCAUCCCCACUGAGCAUGUGCAGAUCCCAGACUGUGUCAGAGAGUAUGACCAGAACCUGUCCAGUUGAAACUGCUGCAGUUUCUUUGCAUUAAUACAAACAGCUGCCUACUCCUGUCCUCCUCCAGCAGGGGGCGCUGCCGCGUCUCACUAAAAGACACUUGAAGGAGAAACCCCGGCUCUGUCGGCGGGCAGCGCUCUGCUCAGAUUUGACCCAAGAUGGCGGUGAAGAACAAAAAACAGUCAGUCAGUGAGUGAGUGUAGUAAACAGUGUUAAUGGUGAAUUUAACAGAUGAUGUAAUGUUUCAAACUAAAAGCACAGUAUCAGAUGAACUAGAGGAGAAUAUGUGCUCUCUAAUUUCACACUGUUUCAUAACAGGGCCAACAUUUAAAACUAUGUUGUUGUUGUUGUGUGUUUUUAUUACAGUAAGAGGCACAUUUCAACACUGAGACAGUUACAGCAAACAACAGGAACUAAAAUAACUAUGCAUCACAAAGAUUUAUUUUCUUGUACAGCAAAUUAAAUUUUUAUUUAAGAAACUUUUAUUGCUAAUAAGAUAAAAAAUAAAACGAACAAUCAUCUUUGUUGAAUCUGUGUUUUGCAGUGCAUUUUUAAAACGGUAAAACUUUAAAACAAACCUUCAGAAAAUAUCAAAACGCCCUAUUCUGUUUUUCUAAGGAUCUUUGUAAACACAUUUUUACACAUAAAAUUCUGGUUAUACAGAGCAGAGGAUGAAAAACUACUUUUGUGUUUUACAUUUUUGUCAGUCUUUCUAGAAUGCUUGAACCGUCAAAGACAUCUGAGUAAUGUCAGAGAUGUUCAGUCCAAGGUUACUGAAACCUGGUGAAGGUUCUCACUCUUCUCCUGAAUGCACUUUCAGUAUGUUCAUGAAGCAUCAACCCUGCCAGGAGUCGUCAAAACCUCUGGAAAUCAUUUUGCUGCUGAAUAAAAUCUCGCUGCUUCUG